GAUUUCUUGGAAUUUGAUAGCUAGGUUCACAAAACUAAAACAGAUGUCACGGUCUUUUUCUCCUUAGGCUCUAUAUAUCUUGGGCAUUGACUUACUACGGCUUUUGGGUCACGGCCUGGGCCUCAGUCUACACUAGGCUGUAUACCCAGACCGCGUACGCAGAAGCAGUCAAAUCUUCACCUUAUUACAUCUUCAAGCCUCUAUUCCUCAAUUGUUUCUUUCUAGGCGUACCGGCUUUGGUCACUCUUGUUCAAGUCGGACUUCUCGCUUGGCACAUCACGGCUUUCUGUCAUGAACGCGACAUCUGGUCUGACCUAGUCAACUCACUGAAGCAAGCAGCAAAAUCGUGGACAGCCUUAAAUAAAUCUACCAAUGCCGCCACCGCAAUUUUGAGCGACGGACUAUUCAAAAAUGUCACUCGGGAUCGUAAUGCAAUCACUUUGGUUGAUCAGACACGCGAUGUGACACGGAUGGCCGCUAAUGUAGCGCACAUCGACGAUGAGCUGAUCCGAAGAUCACAAGUGAUGGCCUUUGCUUGGGGUGUGUUCCUUCUGAUCACUCUAAUGAUCUACGCCGCGGCAACUUGGUCAUUGAUUUCUCUGAUCAAGAGCGCUGAUGUCGAACCAGUUCGUCGGAAACGAAAGAUGCAAGUAGGUUUACUUGCGCGACGCAGAAAUGUCUACACUGAAGAUAAUGGAACAAUACCUCUUCAUAAGGAAGAGGCGAGAUUGCUUCGUCGAGGGUUGCGUUACCUAACUUUACAUAGCUUGACAAUGACUCUUGCCAUCUUGUAUUCGACUGUCGUCUGUUUUCUCAUGGGCACUCAUGCCAAAGCUAUUGUGCUCACGGCACACUGGCGUGGAUUAGGUUCAUGGCUAUCUCUGGCCAGCGGAAUCUUCAUUGCCAUCGCAAUGUCGUUUCAAUUUUGGCGCGUAUGGGUCGAUCUAGACAUCAUCAUACCAGUUCAAGACCCACGGAAGCAAUAUGAACAUGACUCACAAGACAUUCAUAUGCAAACAAACACAGAAGAUUUCACAACGCCUUGCAUUUCGAAUGAUUAAAUCUCUAGUUAUCCUCUUUGAUCAUCGUAUUUAUCUUGGUGUUUGUGUUUUUAACAAUCAAGUUGAGUAUUCCACAUCGCUGGGAUUAAAACCUUGAUCAAACUUGACCGUCAUUUGAAGAUAAAAUUUCUUGAACUGUCUCUUGUUCUCUUCAUUUGCGAGGACAAAAGAGCUUUGUGGACUAGCACAAGGAUAUAUACCAAAGUUCUGCAUGGAUUGUAUACAUAUAAUAGAUCAUAAUCAUAGGCCUUUAUAUUCAUUUAUUACUCGUCCGUCUUUCGUUUCUCAUGUUCUCAAGGUGCACGUAUAAUGCAUUUCAUUUCCAUCUUUGGCAUCAUCUCUAUAAAGUUCAGUCCUCUCCUAGGCUCAUGACACUGGUGUCUGGUACGGCUUGGUUCUUAUCUUUCUUGACAUUCUUUUUACUACCAUUCACAUUGAUCUCGUUCUAUGUUCACUCUCUUGAACUUCUUGAAAUUUCAAUUAAAUCUUAC